AAAUGAGGUUUCACAAAAAGCAAUUAGGUAUUAUACUUGUUGCUCUAAUCUGCUUAUUUAUCAAUAAUUAUGCAUGUGCUGAAUCAGCAGAGAUUUCAGCACCAGAUAUAGUCACCGAAAAUCUAUCUGAUAUAAAAUUUCCGGUUGAAUUCUGUACAAUUAGUACCUCAAUGAUUGCAUUUUUGACAGGGAAUCAAGAAGACCCAAGAAUCGGUAAUUCGCAAUGAGUCCUCUAUCUCCCCCACCUCCUUGACCAAUCUCGUAAGGUGUGGAGUAAGAUGGGAAUAGACCUACUUGUACCUACACACUUCGUAAGUUUGAUCAACGAGAUUUCUACAUUUAUCGUCAGAUUCUCUAUGUGGCAAACAUAUUGUACUUUUGGGUCUCUCCUGACUACCUUGGACAAUAUUUUUGGUUCUUUCGAGUCCACAGGAAUUAUCGCGAUCAGAUAUGUAACUAACAAGGCAAAAGUGGAUGAAUAUAUGGCAACUGUUAAAGAUUCUAACCAGAAGAAGGACUGACAGAAUAUGUUCCUUGCGAUGGGUAAAAUAUUCUCUUUGCUAGUAGGGUUCAAAAUUCCAAAGGAUAUCUCCUAAUAAAUAUUGCUAAGUUCUAAUGGUUCAACACA